AAAAAAAAAAAAAAGAAAAAUAGGGAAACGGAAGGUGUUGGGCGAAUUUUCUAAAAAGAGUCACAUACGAAACCACCCUACUGCCCAUGAAGCCAACCCGAUCAAAAUGGCCAAAGCUAUUCCCCAAGUCGGAUUUGCAAGUACAAGAGCUACUACCAGGGCAAAUCUACACUAUAUCUGAUUUCUUUUCCGUCAAAGAAUGUGAUAGUUUGAUUUCGUACAUUGAAACCAACAUUCACCUGCAAACUACACCAGCCAUCCCAAAACGGGGCGAGGCAUUGCGUAGUAACGACAGAAUAUCGCUCAGUGAUGUCAACUUUGCGGACACCUUAUGGUCUAUCGGAAUAGAUCAAAUUGUUCAUUCUACUUCAGCGAUUCGUAAGGCGGCACUACCACAUACGCCAGCGGGUUUGAAUUCUAAUAUCCGUAUCUAUCGAUAUACCCCUGGACAAAAGUUCGAAUGCCACUACGACGAUACGGUCAAGGACAACGAGACUGGGAUGUGGAGUGAAUGGACACUGUUGAUAUAUCUGACCGGAGAGGAAGACAUGGCAGGUGGUGAAACCGUGUUUUACAAGACGGAAAAAAAGAAGUCUUCGGUGGUGGUUCGACCAAUGAAGGGAACCGCUCUGCUCCAUCGUCACGGCGCAAGCUGCCUAUUACACGAAGCUAAAGAGGUCACCAAAGGCGUGAAGUAUGUACUACGAAGCGACGUAUUAGUGGACUAGGAUGACUUCACACCGUGAUGUAAUUUGAGUAUUCAUUGGUUUAUUAAAUUUUUUUGUGAUUUUUAACUUUCUUUUCUCUUCAUGGGAAGUGAAUAUAUACAAAAAAAGUUCUCACGGAUAGUCAAGCUGUGGGGAUGGGGGUAUCAAAUAUAA